AUGAAAAUAAGGUUAGAUUGCCUAAUUUUCGCAUUCUUAACCUUUAUUUGCUGCCGAUUAUCGUCCGAUGAUCUCAUAUCACCACUAUUACAGGUGAAUACUAAUUCAAAGAAUGCUGGAAUAUUUAUGCGUUUUAUGCCAACAGGAAUUGCAUAUUUGCGAGAAAUCGGCAUGAAAACUGUCAAUAAUGAAAUUCUCAGGAUCAAAUUGCCAUUGGUAACAGAACGUGUUGAUGCUGGACAAGUUACAAUUUAUAAUGCUUAUGUGUCAAAAUAUUGGUCUCCGCCAGAAUAUAAUUUAGAAUUAGCGCCUCCAGAUAUGUUUACGUGGUCAAUGUCAAAAAUGCAUAUCAGAGCUGCAGGUGAUUUUGAAGUAUCCGCACAUAAUCCUUUGUUACUACCAACGGUACCUAUUCGUGGACAAUUCGAGACACUUUUUGGCCAUAUCAGUUUAGCUAUAGCUAUUAGAUUAGGGAGAAGUGAAGAUGGAGCACCCAGAGUGCGCUCCACAUAUUGCCAAGCGGAUGUUGGUUAUGUCGAUUUGAAUGUCACUAACACCGGUGUGAUUACUGAUUUCUUCAUUAACAGUUUUAAAGCGUUUAUCAUAGCGAAUUUCAAGCCGGUUGUGCAAGAACGAAUUUGUAAGAUGAUUAAAAGUGUUGUGAACAACAAUAUGAAUCAAAUUUUAUCGACAAUGCCACUACAGGUACAUCUGCAUGAAAAUACAAUCGAUAUUAUUGGUGAAACUUUUGGUCUAAGUGAAAAGAAACCACUAAGUCGUUAUGGAGACUUAGGUGCAAGAAAUAUAACUUUAACGAAUAUAAUUCACAAUCUUAGAAAGCAGAAUCUCAUCCUCGAUUAUCGCUUAAUAAAGGAUCCUUUGAUUGCAUAUGGAUCAAUUGGUAUGUAUAUCAAAGGCGAAAUAUCCUGGAAUGGCUAUGGUGGAACACCAUUCGAUCCUCCAAAUGUUGAAAUACCCCCACCACAUGGAAUUCAUAUGGUUGAAUUUUUUGGCACAGAUUACUUAGCGAAUAGUAUGCUGUAUCAUGCAUUCAGACAGAAAUAUAUGGAUCUGAAAAUUGGACCAGAAUCAAGUAAUCGUUUGGAAAAUCUUCUGUUCACCUCAUGUAAGGUUGGAUUUUGUGUUGGCGAACAAUUAGGGUUAUUGUCCGAACAAUUUCCUGAUCGCGAAAUCGAAAUUCACUUCUUCGCUCGUAAAUCACCAAUAUUGGUAUUCGUGGAAAAACGUGCUCGUUUUAGAUUGUAUGGAGGAAUGGAUAUGUAUGUAAGGCCAGCGAAUUCAAGUCAAGUAAAGAUAAAAAUUCUUAAAUGUGAUGCAACUCUCACAUCAACGAUGUAUCUACAAAUUGAUGAAUUUCGAGUUACUGGAAAUGCUUCCGUGGAAACUUUAGAUUUUAAACUUCGCGAAACAAUCAUUAAAGAUGUCACACAAGAGACACUCAAUGAUUUGAGCCUAUUCGCUGCCGAAUUUCUUCAAAACAUUUUAACUGAAAUUCUAAAAAUCGGUAUUAUGAUGCCAAAAAUGAAAGGAGUUAUGUUGAAAAAUCCAAAAUUAUCGUUACACGAACGAUAUUUAAAAGUUCAAACUCUUUUUAAACUUGAUGAACGUUUCACUGGUCGAAUUUUAGAAGGCGCUGUUCAAGAAAGCUUAAAAAAUUUUCGUUCGAGCUAA